AUGAAGGACGAUGGGCGGGGCGUGGGGGAGCCGCUGAACGAGACGCAGUACGUGACGCCGUACCUAUCGAACCCCCAGGGCCAGCACUAUGGCAAGGGCCUUGUGGUGCGGGGCCAGCAUUGGCUCAGCUUCGAAGCGCCAAAGAGCGCCGCGAAGUCCUGGCGCCCGCUGAUGGACCGCGUCUACAUGGCCCCUGCGCCCUUCUUCGGGGCCCAAGGCAAGCCCUUCGCCGCGGUUGAAAAGGCCCUGCCUCCCAACCUGGAGAUUGUCACGCUGGCACCUUGGGACCAGAAGACGCUGCUGCUCCGUAUUGCGCACCAGUUCGGCUUGUCCGAGGAGCGCCGGACAGUUGCUUUGCCCUUGCAUUCGCUCGCCGGCUCCAGCGACAGAGUCAGCGGCGAGCCAAUAGCGCUGCUUUGGGGGCCGAUCCCUGCGCGACCGAUCGACCGAUCGGAUCUUGGCUUUCGCGAUGGCACUGGUUCUUUCGUGCUCUGUGCCCCGCGGCGAAAGAAUGGAUGGGACGGGUCGUGA